AUGAGUUUAAAAGAAAUUGUUACCAUUUAAAACAUCCUUGAAGCACUCUAAACUGAUGAAGCAGAAAAGUAACUAAGAAAAAAAAAAUUAUUUGCUUUCAUUGUAGAUGCUUCUAAACCAAAAAGACUUCAAGGUUAAGGGGAUUACAUGUAAAUGAUUAAAGUUAUGGAUGAUUCAUAUAAUGGAUACCUAACAUUAUUUUACUUUUUCAAAUCUCUUUCUGAUGCUGCUCCUCUAGAUACUAUAGGAGAUAUUGUCUUUCUCAAAAGAUAUCAGUAUUAAUUAUUUAAUGGAGAACCUCAAGGUAGAAGAAAUAGUUUUAAAACAUCAUAUUUUUUAUUAUUUGAUGCCAAUACUUAGCAAUUAAAAUUCAAUCCUAAUGAUAGUCAAGAACUUUCAAAUGAAGAAUUAGAAUAUUUAUUAAAACUAUCUAAAUAUAGUUAAGAAUAUUUAUCCUCUAAUAGCUGUAAGAAUAAUAAUAUUCUAUGUAGUGCUUAACUUAUAUUGGUACGGAACUACUAAUCCAAUAUUUGAUGGAUUAUUUUAAAUUUAUGAAUUAAAAGAAGAUAAUAUUGUUAUAUUAAACGAUUCCAAAAAUAAUCAAUAUACAUUAUUAUGUUAAGGAUUAGUUGAUUUAGAAAUUCAAUAAGGUGCAGUCAUUAAGAUAAGAAAUAUAUAAAUGUAAUUUCCUUCUUCAUUAAUAUUAGUUCCAAUUAAAAUGAAAUAUUAAUUACUGAUAAAUCUAAUAUAAUGAUGUUACCUAAUUUUUGUUAAGAUGUUUAAAAUUUUUCUGAUAUUAUUUAAAAUUUUCCAAAAGUAGAUUUUUAAAAGGAAAAUUAUCAAUAAAUAACAAUAGGAUCAAGUAAAUAUCAAUUAAAAUAUUAUUUAGUUACAUAAAUUAAGAAAAAAUACGAAAAUUUAUAAUAUGUUCCUUUGAUAAAUUUAAUAAAAAAAUAAGUUCAAGAGAACAUCGUAGUAGUUUAAGGAUAAAUUUAAAGCAUAUAACCUACUUAGAUAGAAGAAGCUUUCAUAUUUUACAAUAAAUUUAAAUCUUUUUCUUAUAAAGAGGUUAAAGAAAAUAAUUUAUAAGUUUCUGGACUUUAAAAAACGUUACAAAUAUAAAUCAAUUUAAGAGAUGCUUCACUCGAAGGUACAAAUAAUAUAAUUUAACUUUUAAUUUUUGAUAAUUCUUCAUUCUUUCCAUUUACUUUAGUUUGGGAUAAUAUUGAAUAUAUGUAAAAUGAAUAUGAGAAAGUAAUUUUUAUAUUUUAUAAAUUACUUUAGUUAAUGGAAAAAUUGAUUUUUGAAGAUGAUUAGGCACAUGAUUUUGUUAUUGAGGUCUUAGAAUCUGCAGAGUCUAUUAUUUAUAGAGUAAUUGAUACAAAAAUUAUUUAUUGA